AUGCUGCCGCCUGUCCCGCGAUCGUCGGCCUACCCCGUACGAUUCCACGUCCGCGCGCCGCGCUCUGCGUUUCACGGUGAGAUGGGGGCUGGGCUGGAGGUGUUUGCCCCGUUGUGUGUUGCGUUUGUCGUGUUGGAUCUGCUGCUGGCCUUUCCUGACGCGUCCCGUCCGCACUGGUUCCCUCGUUUGCCCUUGGAGCAGAACCCCAGGAGUGGUCCCGGCCGGCCAGGCGUCAGCGAUGCUCCAAGCCGCCGCGGUGCUGGUCGGGCGCGGAGCCUCGCGGUCGUCCCGCGGGCGGCAGGAAAGGCGUUGCGGGUCUCGGGGGGCGGUGUACCACCCUCCUCCUGGGCGUGCCUCUGCGGCCCUUCGGCCUCGGCAGCAGCAGGCGUUCUAGCGCACGCAGCGACAACCUUGUCCGCCACGCCAUGUUCCCCGUGUCGCGUAGCAGGUGCCCCCGGCCUCGUCAUCGUCUCGAUCACCCCAUUUCUUGUCAACGUCGUCUCGACUGCCUCCCCAGCCACCGGAGCCAAUGGUGCAACCCUCGCCGUCUCCUCCUCUUGUCCCAACUUCACCUCCGGUCCCCGCUCCUCAGCAAGCACGGCUGCCGCCAGGGUAGUGGCAAAGGGACGCACCUCAUUCUCCGGCUCUGCAGCACCGUUGGAGUCUGUGGGGGAAGUCCCCCUCCAUUGA